AUGGAUGAGGCAACGCAGCACUCAACCCAGCCAUAUGCCGAUCCGCGGCGGAUGGGCCUCAACAACUCCGGGCUUGAUGAACACGAUGUUCCCGACAUUAUUUGUGUUUUGCAUCCUAACUCCAUGGCGGCCCACAAUGCUGUAACUGCCACUGCGCGCUUUGGCCAGCAGCAUAUCUUACAGAGGACCAAUCUUGAAUACGAAGCCGGGCUUCCCAACAGCUCUCCCGGAGACAUCGCCUUGAGGCUUUCAUCUCCUGUAAAAGAUGUGAAUAUGGGUUUUUGUUUCGGCCGCAAUCCGAAUCGUUGCGAUAUAGUCCUCGCUCGGGAUGACAGCGAAAAAAAGAUCUCAAAUGUGCACUUUCGGAUCUAUCUAACACGCGACAACAUCUUGAUGCUCCAAGACACUUCAACCAAUGGAACCCUUGUAGAUGAUAUCGUUGUUCGGAGGGAUAAUAAAAAUGGCACCUCCUCCACCCAAAUGCUUGUUCCCGGCUCUAUCAUUCAGGUGGCGAAUGAUUCAAUAGCUGGCAUCAGGUUUAUAGUCCGCAUUCCCCCCAGGGAUGGUUUUGAGCGUCAGUACACGCAGAAUGUGAUUCACUACAUGAAUCGAAUGCAAAAUGCGUGCAAGAAGGUGGGGGAUGGUGGAGGGAAGCCGAUGAAAGUCGAACCUCGUGAUGGUUAUCUUAUCGUCUCCCAGCAAGGCGGAAAUAGCCAUGGAAUGCACUGGAAUGGUGGCUCCAAAUACAACGUUACCGGACAGGUUGGGAAAGGCGCGUUUGCUACAGUGUACAAACUCGCGACAAAAAACGACGGCAUGGUCUACGCUUGCAAGGAGCUCGACAAACGGCGACUUAUGAAAAACAAUAUCUCAGAUCACAAAGUCAACAAUGAGAUGAUCAUCAUGAGUGGAUUACGACAUCCGAAUAUUGUUGAAUUCAGAGAUUACCAUGAUCACGAUAACCGCUGGAUUUACAUCAUAAUGGAAUAUGUUCCCGGUGGCGAAUUGUCCGCUUAUCUUAAUCAAUGUCAUCACCUUGCGGAAGAGCAGGUAAAAACAAUCUCUCGGCAACUUCUACAUGCCCUUCAAUAUCUCCACAGACGGAAGAUAACACAUCGGGACAUCAAGCCCGAUAAUAUAUUGAUCCAGUCGUUUGAACCCUUACAUAUUAAGCUUUCGGAUUUUGGACUCUCCAAGGUCACCCAAGAAGAAUCCUUCAUGAAAACGUUCUGUGGAACACUCUUGUAUUGCGCCCCUGAAGUUUAUCCGGAAUAUGACAACUAUAGACGAGGCGAAGCAAGAAAAAGACGACGUGCUGCUGAUCCGAUCCCUAAAACUUCCCCGUAUGACCAAUCAGUCGAUAUGUGGUCUUUUGGCGCGGUUCUAUUUCAUCUUCUCUGUGGAACUGCUCCAUACAUCGGCAGAGGGGAUGAUAGGGGUGCGACGAUGCUGCGAAGUAUCAUGACAACUGAUGCUGAUUAUGACUUGCUUCGAAAACACGGAGUGUCGGAAAAUGGCAUUAAUUUUGUUUCCAGGCUUCUUAACCGCGAUCCAAGAGCUAGACCCAAGGAGCCCGAAUGCUUUCAACAUCCGUGGAUCGCUAACGUUGAGGACGAAUUUGAUUACACAAAAUUCGACUUCCCAGAAGUUCAGGGCGUUGACACGACUUUAGCUGUCGUGGGUGAGGUCAACGAAGAUGAAGAAGCAGAACGGCUCGACGCCUCUGGCCUUCAUCUUAAUGAUAAUCUUAAUAGAGAUUUAGAUGAAGAAAUCGAAAAUCAGGAUGACGCAGAUGAAGACAAAUCAUCCACCGGCCACAAUGACGUCAAAAGACAGCGACUGUCCCAUUACCCUGAGGAUACUAGCCACCAGGUCGUGAUGGCCCAAGUUCCCGCUAUAAUCACAUAUCCUUCGUUACCGGACCUUGGUAGCUACGAUCUAGACUCGAGUUUCAAUGUCCAAGGAGCUCAGCCGCCAGAGGCACGGCUUUUUGGAGAAAUAACCGGGUCUGCUCUGCGAAGUUCUGCCUUACUCGAAAGAGAAAUAAACCGACCAGAAACGAUGUUUGACUUUCAACCUCGUUUCCAAAAUGAUGAUGGCUACGACGACCCUUCUUCAGAUAUAGAAUCUUAUGAAAGCUCCAGCAGCCUGGACAACCCAGCACUGAUGCACCAUCAACAGUUGCCUAUCGAACUGGAGCGGGGCGCAUCUGCACCAAGUCUAAUGGGUGCGGAAUCACUCGUCGGCCAAUUGCAUAUGGAAUCUCCUGAUGCCAGGUCACCAGUCUCCACAGCCCCUAAUAGCAACGAUCCAACUACCCCGGAGCCUCCAGAUGGCAAUGCACCCGCGUCCCAAAUCCAGAAACCAAGAUCCGGUGGCUACAGCGACACUAAGAGAAAAAGCUCGCGCCAAAAACCUAACGGCCUCGACUCUACUAAUCAAGCGCACCAAAGAUCGGGCGGCAAGGUAUCCUUCCCUACCCCGAAAGCUACCCCCAGAAUUCCCGCGAAUCAAUGUCGUCUUGCUAGUCAACAAACUUCGAAAUCGUUCGACCCGAAACAUCUACUCGAACUCGCGACCACUAUCGACGAGCGUACUGGAGAGGAAGUUACAGAAUCUGAUGGCUCGAUUGGUCCUCACGAGGCUGGCGAGGUGAACACGCAACCCACUCCAAAGGCCAAGGUUCCCGUAAAUGUAAUGAAUCUCACUCCACCCUUUGGAACGCUCGUAUCACUACCUGGUUCUAUCGCCGAUAUUGCCCUCCACCUCGAAUCACGCAUGACAUCAUGGGGCCGAGGGCCAAGGGUAAAUGUGCGUUACUCCGAUCCCAUGGACAGCCGAAUACCGGCGUAUGCACUCGAACUCACAUUCUGGGCACCGUCGAUCGAAUCUCGCAUCGCUGCGGGAGAAGACUGGACAAAGAUUCCCGGUGUGAUGGCCAUACUCUCCACGAAGGCGAGCAAUUGCAUCUGGGUUAAUGACGUGGAGCUGCGUAAGGAAACACCGGCGAAGGAUGCACGCCUCUUCGGAAAACUUUACACCGGCGAUAUAAUCACGGUAUUUAGAGACCGUGAACGCUAUCUGCGCUUUCGAUGCGAGUUUUAUCAUGGGGAAAGCAUAAAGCAGCGACCGCUGGAGGAGAAAGGGUUCAUUAUUCAAACGGCGAAAUAUUCGAAAAGUAGAAGCAGGGAAGAGGAGAAUUUGAAGACUUUACAGGGUACUACAGGCGACGCUAGCACGACAGCGGCCACCAUAGCUCCAGAGGGGGACGGAAUAAAUAGUGUGGAUUGGAAAGGCAAAGGAGAGAGCAGGAACUCAUAG